UAUUCAUUCUACCCCCUCUCUUUUAUCCCCGCAUCCUUUCUCAUUCGUUCUCACUCACACACACUCUCUCUCUCUACAAGUUAUUGAAACACUGAAAAAUGGCUCUUCUUCUAGACAACUGUGAAGGCAUUUUACUCUCUUUAGACUCUCACAAAUCGGUUCCAGCUCCUUUCCUCACUAAAACAUACCAACUUGUUGACGAUCCCAACACAGAUCACAUAGUCUCUUGGGGUGAAGACGAUUCCACCUUCGUUGUCUGGCGUCCUCCUGAGUUUGCUAGAGAUCUUCUCCCUAACUACUUUAAACACAACAACUUCUCCAGCUUCGUUCGCCAACUCAACACUUACGGUUUUAGAAAGAUUGUGCCAGACAGAUGGGAGUUUGCAAAUGAAUAUUUCAAAAAAGGAGAAAAACAUUUACUUUGUGAGAUUCAUAGAAGAAAAACAACACAACCUCAACAAACAUCCAUUAACAUGAAUCACCACCACCACCAUUCUCAACUUGGUAAUAUUCCACCAAGUUUCUUUCCAUUUUCCAACACUAGAGUAAGCAUUUCACCCCCAAAUGACUACUCUGAUGAACAAACCAACAAUUGGUGUGAUUCUCCACCAUUAACUUCACCAACAUCAUUCAUUCAUGGAACAACAACAACCACAACAACCAACUACAACACUUCUGUUACAGCACUUUCUGAAGACAAUGAAAGACUAAGAAGAAGUAACAACAUGUUAAUGUCAGAGCUAGCACACAUGAAGAAACUUUACAAUGACAUAAUCUACUUUGUUCAGAAUCAUGUUAAACCAGUAACACCAAGCAACUCUUACUCUUCUUCAUUUCUACUACCACAAGCUUCAACUCCUACUCCUGUAAAUGUUUCUAAUGUUUCAAUGGUGCAAAGACCAAUGAAUAAUAUUUUGGGGUAUUAUUCAACUUCUACAAAUAACCCUAAACAUGUCACUCAUUUUCAACCUCAAAAUCAAUCCUAUGCAGUCAACUCUCCAACCAACACCAACACAUCAAGAAGCUCUAUAACAAUUGUUGAAGGACAUAAUAGUAACACUAACAACUGCAAGACUAAACUUUUUGGAGUAUCGUUGCAAUCCAAGAAAAGGGUGCACCCUGAAUGUGGAUCUAAUAUUCCAACUAAUUUGGAAACCAACAAGGCUCGUUUGGUUUUGGAAAAAGAUGAUUUGGGUUUGAAUCUUAUGCCUCCUUCAACUUGUUAGUUUCUUCAAAGUUAAAAUAUCAAGCUAGUUUGUAGCUUCUUUCUUUCUUUCUUUCUUUUUAACCUGCUUGUUUUAUUUAAUUUUUGUUCAAAUUUUAUUUAAAGUUUUUAUCAUCAAGUUUUGAGUCACGGAGGAGGUAGGAAGAAGAUGAUAUUGAUGGAAACGUGUUUGUGCGUGCGUGAGUGUGUGACUGUUCUGUGAUUCUGUGUACAUAUAACUUAGUGCCAAUAUUAUUACUCACCUUUGUUCUAAACCCAUCAUCUAUUGAUGUUGGUAGGUUUUUGGUAGUACUAGUAAGAUUAUUAAAGAUCAAAUUGAAACCAAACUUUAAAUGUUCAA